GUUUAAGCUCUUCUUCGUCUGGGUUUAGUUGAUCCUUCUCUAUUAAGGUUGGGGGAAGCUUGAGGGAGAUAGAGAUGGCUUUGAGAUGGCUACUUCAUUCUGUGAGUGCCUAUGCAAUUGGGUUCUCCAUGGAUGGUAAUACUAAUGCAGUACUGUCUGGUGAAACUGUAAGGUACCCAGAUGAAGGAUAUAGCCAUGGAAGUAGCAGCAAAGGCAAUAGGUUGAUUGAUCUAAAUGAAGGCAAUGCAAAGAUCCUGAAAGAGAGUUAUUAUGGCAAAUCUCACACAGGGUUCCAGAUGCCCCUUCAUUAUCCUAGGUACAAGAAAGCUGACUAUGAAAACAUGGAGGAGUGGAAGGUUGAUCAGGUUCUUACAGAAUAUGGGCUCAUCAGUUUCAAAGGUACCCUUGAGGAGAAAAGGGCAUUUGCUACUGGGGCCUUCUUAUGGCCUGAUCAGCUCUGAGAAUUUAGAUUUAAUAAAAACCUACCCCUCCAACCUGCAACUUCUUUCUUCUUUCCAAGGUUUGUGUCUCGCAAUUUGUUAUGAGGAGUGACUCUAUGCAUGCUUAUUAGGCACUCAAACUCAUGAUUGUAUAAAGUCUUUUACCAAAAAAACUGAUUGUAUAAAGUCUCUAGUAAUAAAAACUCUUCUAGUUAUUACUAUUUCAA